CUGAUUUCACAGUAGAAGCAGUUGUAUCAGCGGUUACUGCCUAUUGACCCAGACUGAACUUGACAGAAUUAAAGGAGUUUUCGGAUACAGGAUUGUGCGUUCUCCCUCGUUAAGAAGCUCGGCAGGACCUGGUUCAGUCCCGAUACAAACGCCUGUUUGGAACUGCAUAGUUUCCUUUGCAAAUUAACGAAAAGAUCUUAAUAGACAUUACAGCGACGGGUAACCUACCCAUUUUACACCUGUCUCCGUACGCGAGGUGGCGUCAACUGCAGGGCCCUGGAGAACUGGAGACAGGCUUCUAAAUGGUCCCUGGAUGUGACAGCGCACAACUUCUUGGCAUACCACUGCGCGCCUAGUGGUCAAAGCUAACUGCCGGCGCAAUCCCUAAUGAGCAUGCCAGCUGUCAGGGAGGAUGUGGAGCACUCUCGCUCCAGCGGAUCCACCGCGGCCAACACCGCAACUGCUGCCGCCGCCGGGAUCCCGACUCCUGCCGUACAUGGCUCCCCACCCGUACCGCAGCUUCCCCUGCUCUCCUCCCUAGCCGCCGCUGAUCGACUGGACGUCUACACGGUCUACUCGAGCAGCCUCAUGAACGCCGCCCCAAAGAGCGGAGCCCAGCAGAGGCAGCCAGGGAAGCAGCAGCAGGCGGCGGAAGUGGCAGCGGUUGCUGCCGCCACGGAGAUUGUACGGCAGCUUCCCGCGGAGCAACUGAUGCACCUGCUGCCUCAGCAGCUGGAAUGGGAUGUGCUGUCCGAGGACUUGGCGUCCAGCGAGCCCAUUGGUCUGUCCGGGCUCAAGCUGCUAGGGCUCUUGCUGCAAUCGCCGUCGGCUGCGCAACAAAUGCCAGCCCGGAGCUGCGACCAGCUGCUGCGGGUGUUGGUGGGAGCCAUGCAGGAGAGCGCAUCCAAGGACCGCUGCAAGCUGGCCAUGUGGGUCCUCACCACGCAGCAGCUGCCGGCCGGCCGGCUGGCGGGCCAUGCGGAGGCGCUGCUGGGGGGCCUGGCGCGGUGCAUGCCGCUGGACAGCAAGCCGUGGCGCAGCAACCUGGUGUCGCUGCAGGCGGUUCGGGCGGUGCAGCGGCUGCUACGGCAGCUGCCCGCAGAGACGUGCCGGCAUGCGGCCAAGUGGGGCCCGGCGCUGUGGCCGCUGAUGCUGGCGGUGCCUCCGGAGGGGGCGCAGCCAACCAAAACCGAUGUCUACCGGCAGCUUCGAGAGGAGGCACUCGCGCUCAACGACGAACUAACGGCGGCGGUACGCGCCGCAUGCAGCCGCGGAAGCGCACCCGCAGGUGUCCGCCGCUCCGCUGCAACCGCCGCCGCCGCCGCCGCCGCUGACGACGGCGAUGACAAGGCCGCGACGGCGGCUGCACUAGAGGCGGAGUGCAUGAGUCGCGCCCUGCGCGAGAGCUUGGCGGCACGGCUACUGCCACCGCACGAACGGCAGCAGCAGCAACAGCGCCGCAAGGAGAAGCAGCAGCAGCAACAGGGCGGCGAUGGCAACGCCGGCGGUGGCGCCGGCGCUAGCGGUGGAGGCAGCAGCAGCAGCCAGGAGAAGGGCAUGUUGUCGGAGAUGGAGCGCCUGGUGGCCCGUGUGACGGGACAAACCAAAUGCUCUGCCGUACAAGAGUCGGCGGCGGCUGCGGCGAUGGCGGCGUGGGGUUCGUGCGUGCGGCUGCUGGGGCCGGCGUUCCUGCAGACCCGUGGGCUGGGGCAGCGCAUGCUGGAUCUCGUCAAGACGUGCUUCACCUGCGUCGUCAGCUCCUCGCUCCCCUGCGCCGCCUUCGCCGCCUGGAGGGCUCUGUGCGAGAACUUCAGAGACCUAGGGGACCUGCCCGCACCGCCACCGCCGCCGCCACCACCGCUGUCGCCCCCUACCGGCACCGCAGCCGGGGCACAGGGAGGCAGCCGCGGUGCUGCUGUUAAGCGUGGUGACGGCGGCGGCGGCGGCGGCUGCAGCAGCACUGGGCUGAGUCGCUUGCGGCUGCUGAUAGCGCCCAUUGAGCACACGAUAUGCCACGAGCGGCGGCCCGAUGUACGAAUGGCAGCGCUAGUAUGCUGGCAGCACCUCAUUGGGUUCCUAACGGUGCCGUACGAGCGUUUACUGUACGACAGUGAUGCGGAUCUGGGACAUCUGCUGCCGUACUUGGCUGCGGCGGCCGCUGCUGUGGCCGCAAAGGAACCCCCCUCUGCGGAGGGCCUCUGGAGCACGGGAAAGCCAGCAGCGCCACUAGCAGCGGCAGCAGCGGAGGCAGAGGCUGAGGCGGAUAGCCGCCAACGCCGCUGCGCGCUUGGAGCAGGCAGGAAAGCUGCAGGAGGAGAAGCGGCAGGGGCGGCUGUUCACGAGGCGGCAGCUGCAAGCCAACCGGCCUGGAAUGGAAUCACGCCGGGCGUAUGGCAGAUGGCAGUGGCUCCGAUCGUCAAGGUGGUCCUAACAAACGCGGUGAAGACGCGUUCAGCAGCCGCAGCGGUGGCGGCGGUGGCUCCGCACCAUGUGGCUGCGGUGGAUACGGUCCUCCAAACCUUGCUCAGCAUCACCUGCCCUAGCAGCGUCCAAGACAUCGCUGCGUUGCUGGCCGCAACGCUGCAGCCGCAGCCCACUGCCUCCGCCCCCGCCUCACCCGCCCCAUCCGCCGUCACCGCGACCGCAAGCGGCGGCGUCGUAAGCCGCCCUGCGACCCCACUCAGCAAUGCCCUCGCCGUCGCCGUCAGCAGCCCUCAGUCUCUGGCUGCCGCCGCUACGGCGGCAGCUGCAUGCCCUGGUUCGCAGCCGGCUGCGGCUGCAGCACUUGCGGCGACGUUGGACCCAUGGGUCACUUUGCUGAAAGAGAUGUUUAGCUGCCUGGCGGCGAAGACGGUGGCGGCGGCGGUACGAGCUGCUACCAGGAGGGAGGCUGGCGGAGGUGCCUCCGCUGCUGCAGGUGGCGGCGGCGGCGCAGCGGCGGCGGUAGGUGAUGCCGUACAGAUGGGGGGGGCGGCAUCGGCGCUUGAUGCUGGUUGGCAGGCCUGGGGCCGCCUAGCAGCGACGGUGUUGUCUUGCCAUGCGAGGAAGCCAGCAGCAGUAUCGUCGGGUGCGCGGCAGCGGGGUGAAGGCAGCGCGGAGGGCAGCAACGCUCCCAGCGGGAUGCCCUGCCAGUUUUGGCUUCAGCUCUGCCAUGCAGCGACCGUACUCGCGGGGGAGGCACCUCGGGUCGGCGGCGGCGCUGCCGCUGCUGCUGUGGCGGCGGCGGCGGAUAGCGACCAAGUCGCCGCAGCAACAUCAACGAAGGGAGCUGGCGGAGCCCCCUGCAGCGGUGGCCGAGAAGAUUCCGUUCCCGCCAAAGUUGAGCAGCAUCGGGCCUUCCUAUGCCUUCUACGCCGCCUCGUGGGGCCGCAGGUAGCGCUCCUAACGGCGACACUGUUGAAGCUCCCGGCAGCGGGCGGUCUACAUGGUAGCGAAGCCUCCCUCACGACGACGACGACGGCGGGGGCGGUUGCUGGCGGCAGCGGCAGCGGCAUGCCGGGCGUGCUAUGGUCCCAGGCGGUGGGGCAGUGGCUGUCUCUGAGCCGGGCGUUGGAUCCGCUGUGCGUCCGGGACAGCACUGACGAGGGCGGCAGCCGGCGGGAUGGUGGCAGCUCUUCGGCGGAGGAGCUGCGGACAACGGAGGCGGCGGCGGCAGCGACGUCUUCCGCCGCCGCCCAUGUAGAGCAGCAGAGCUGGUGGUGGCAGCCUUGGAAGUCAUAUCUGGCGGGCCUUAUGGGUGUCUUAUGCGCCGGGGGUGUCACCAACGUCAGGCUGUUGUCGUCCGUUUGUCGGGCUGCACUGCAGCCGCCGCAGCCUGGCGGCGGCCUAGGGGACUCCUGCCUCGCUGCUGCUGGCGGCAGCGGCGGUGACGGUGACGGAGGGAUGUUUGGAAAGCGUCGUCGGCGCUCUCCGUCGCCGCUGGGGCACUCGUUGCUGCCGACGCACCUGCGCACCCCCGCUGCGACACCCUCACCACCGCCGUCACCCCUUCCGUCGCACGCGCUACAUGGCACAGAUAGCGGCAGUACCGCCUACACCACGCCCGCGUGUCCCUACGCAUGGGCCUUAUGGGAGGCAGCAGCCCGCCAUCUCGCCGGGUGGCCGUCUCCGGGGCCUUCCGCGGCUCCCUGCGGGCCCCAGUCAGCUGCAGGCCACUGGCUGCCCUCGGAGGGAGGCCAAGGGUCGAACCGCAGGCGCGAGGAGGCCGCCUGGGCGGCUGCCGAGCUCCUCACGACGCCGCUCGAGGCCCUGUUGCUGCCGUACCAAGCCCCUACUGCUGCUGCUGAGUUUGGCGUCUUCAGCGGCGGCACCAGGGCAAGCGGACGCGGCGGUAUCCUAGCGGAGGAGGUCCGUUGCGGCGCUGUGUGUGAUAACAUGACUGGGGCCGCAUGUGUGGACGCCGGGAGCGUUAGCGCUGCAUGGGAGGGGCUGUUACGGGCGCUGCUGCAGCAUUCACGCCGCGCGCAACAGGGCCUGAGCGGCGGAGCACCGGGAUCGGAAAGGCCCGACGCGGUACAGGUCGCCGUACAGUCCGUUGGCGUACGCCUUGUGGGCUUGCUGCACAGCCGGAACGCAGCCCUAAGGAGCGCAGCUAUUGCUGCCAUCGCCGCCGGGCAGACGUCGGCGGCGUCGCCAUCUGGUGUCGCCGACACUGAUGUUGCCCGGGAGUCCGGCGUCCACUCCGGUAAGGACUCCGCAGCGACGACGGCGGCGGCGGCCGACAUUGCAGCCUGGGACAUCUUGACUUGGAGCCUGAGCAGCAGCUCUGCAACAGCCCUGGCGCGUUCCCUGACCCGGCUUAACGAAACGACGGCGUUUGGGAUGGCCACGACGACCUCGGUAACAAGAGCAGCUGAGAACGGUGUGCUUCGAUCGCAACCGAGCGCUGUCGGCGGCGGCGGUUGUAGGACACCGUUGCGCAACGGCGUGGUGUCUUCGGCGCCGGUGUACGGCACGCCACGCGGCGGCAGUACUGCCGUUGCUGGUGGCGGCGGCGGUUGCACGCCACUGACGGGGAGGAUGCUAAGGAACAUCUCCGCCUCCGCCGCAGCGACGUUGGCGGCGUCAACGCCAGCCACGUCAGCGGCGGCGGCGGCAGGAGCCCUCCCAACAGCGUCGCCUAGUACUGCCACCGAGUUGCUUGCGGCACUCGCCUCCGCCGCUACUGCCGCGAUAAAGCAGCAGCUGGGUUCGAGUACCGCGUGCGGUUUGGGAGCUCCCUUCCUGCAUGAGCCCCUCAGAGGUAGCGGCGGCGUGGCGGGGGCAGCAGCAGAUGCUCCAUGCUGGCCGCUGAAACCGCGCUGCGCGCAGCUGAAACCCUGGUUUCGAAGCCCACCCGCGGAAGCGCUGGCGGAGGCGCUUAACGCCAUACCCGAUGUGCUCAUGCCGCUGCUGUCUGCAGCCACGUCAGCGUCGCCUAGCGUCGGCGCCGACAGCGCUGCCGCACUGCCAGGCGUGUUAGUGAGCCCUACGGCCGCAGCGGACGCAGUCCUUGACUUGCUGCUGCCGCCCCUUAUGACCAUAGUUGAGGAGCUCCUGCCGGCCCUACUGCGAGACCGCUCGUGUGCCGCCGCCGCCGCCUCCAACGCCGCGUCACCUGCUCCCGUCGCCGCCGCCGCCGCUGCAAUAGCGGCAGGACCCGGCGACGUAACCUCCGCACAGGGGGCGAAGAAUCGUCAAACCAGCAUCAGCGGCAGUCCUCAUCACUUGGUGGGGCUAGACGCCGGCAGCGCCGGCAGCGGUGACGGGGCUGGCGGGAGCUCAGGCCUUGCGGCAGUGCACGUCGCGACAGCGGUGACGGCGGUACUGGGGUUGCUGUGCGGCCUGCGUCGCCGGGGCUGCGACGUUACUGCGGAGGUGGACAGGUUGGCCCCGCUGCUGGCCGCGUGCCUUAGGUCCGGCACCCGCGCUGCCCAGCACCCGCAUGGCAUUGCCGACUCGGCACCUCAGUCGCCGCAGCCUCCUCCGGCCGCCGAAGAGGCCGACGUCCUGCCACAAGCCACCUGCCUCGCCCUGGAGUCCUUGCUGACCGGCCGCAUGCCGCGUUUGCACGCGGCUGUUGCCAAGCACCUAGGGCGGUUACGGCUACGGCAACAGCACGAGACGUACAAUACGUUAUUGCAUCGAAAUCCGGCGACGGCUGUAGCAGCGGCGGCGCAUACCGGCGGGUUGCAGCUCUUGUUAGGGCGCGGCAGCGGAGGCAUGGCGUCGGGUGAGGUGACGGCGGCCACGACAGCGACAGCGGCGGGAUCCGGGGGCUUCGCGCCGCCGCCACCGCCGCUGGCGCUGCCGCUUGUCGUACAACGGGCGGUGGACGAGCUCGGAUGGGACGGCGCUUUCCUUCUUCCCGAUAGCCAGUUGCAGGCGACAACUCCACUUCGGCUCGCGGUGAGUGGGUACCGAACGCAGCAAGCGCAGCAGCCAACACCCCAAGCCAUGCAUGCAUACGAACACACACCCCAACCCGGGAAAGCGCCCGCUGCGGAUGCCGGUGCAACUGCAGCAGCAGGCCCGGAAACGUCAGCGACUGCCGCGAUGCCAGCCGCCGGGCCCCCAGCUGCCACUCCUGGUGCGGCCCCAGGAAGAAGGGGAGCUCGGACGCCUGCAGCCACGCCGCCUCUCGCUUCACGUGGCGCCGCCAAGCGGCCCUUCUGUGACUCCCAAACGGAAUACGUACGCAUUGCACCGCCGCCGGCACCGGCGGACGGUAUGACACCAUCCAGAUCUCCCAAGCGGCGCCGGCGCUUUACAGGCGUUACGACGUACACAGGGCUGGACGGUUCCCAGGCUCUUCCCGUGGGCCUUAUUGGUGUGGGCAGCGAGGACAGCCAGGCAGGGCACUCAACAGAGGGUGGUCACGGCGACGGUGGCGGGGAGCGCAUGGGUGUUGAGGGGGCAGUCCACAUGCAACAACACCCGAGCACGACCUCGGGUGGGGAGGCGGUUGCAGCCGCGGGGCUCGGAGAUGUGGGAAAUGCGGCAGAAGCCAUCAUGGGAGCAGCAGUGACAAGCGGAGAGGGAGGAGCGGAUGCGGACAUGGAAGCGGGCAUGCAGGAAAUAGCCCAAAUUGGACGGCAGGAAGUAGAGCUAGAGGCAGCACCGGCGGAGAUGGAAGAGGACGGAGUUGCGGCUGCCACCGUUCCUGCCCUGCUGCAUCAGCUUGCCGCUGGGCUGCAUCAGGACACAGGGGCCGCGCCUGCGGCACUACCAGUGAGGCAGGAAAGUCCAGGUCACCGGGCGGCUGCACCCAUCCCGGCCAGUGCUUUGCAGGCGUCAGCAUCAGCUGUGGCGGCGACGGAGGCGGAUGCAGCAGCCACACCUAGCACCGUCACCAUGUCCCUGGUUGCGCAUGCGCGCGCCGCAAGGUCCGCAGCCUCAUUAGAGGCGACGCGCUCUCUCACCCCCGCCACGCUGCCCGUCUGCCAGCGUGGUCCGUUGCUGAGGGAAGAUGACAACGACGGCGGCGGCAGCAGCGGCGGCGGGGAGCCACAGCGCGCUGCGAUGGACACGGCCCAGCACCUGCUUGCACCUGAAACCUCGGCACCUCCUCCUCCGCCUCUUCCUCCACCUGCUGCCCCUGCUGCUGCGGAGGUUGCUGCUGACGGUAGCAGAGCCGGCAACGGCCCAGCUCAGCAACCCGUCCAAGGCCGGGAGACGCAGCCAGCCGGCGCCGCUGAUGUGGGUUCCGCCAACGCGCACCCGCGGUCGACGUCGCACCCGCUGCCGUUGCCGCAUCAGCCCCAGUUCCCGGCGGAAGAAGGGCCGCAGCAACACCCGCACCAACCCCCAGGUCAGGAUCAUCGCGUACCAUCCUCAGCGCAUCAAUCACACCGCGCUGGAGUAAAGCAGGUGACCGCAUUACCGCUCGCCGCCGUCGCUUCACCCCUUCCUGCAGGCCUGGGUGUCGGGCCUGCUAGUCCUGCGGCUGGCAGAGGAGGCCUCAUGCCGUCAACAGGUAGCCCCCCUCCUGCGUCUUCCGAGGCUACGUUGCCGGUACAUGAUGAGGAGCCGCCGCCGCCGCUGCAGCACCCAGUGACGCCGGUGGGAACCGCAGGGACUCAGCCGUUGCCGCAGGAUAACGACGAGCCGUCGUCAUCAGCGAAGCCGCUGACGUUACCGCGACCGCGGGGCCCCUACUCGCGCGUGCCCACGCCAAACAUUGAAGAAGAGGAAGAACAAGAGGACGUUUACAUGGUCCCGGACUCUCUGGACCCAAAUGGUCACUGCCACCCCUAUCCUGGACGUGCCUCGCCGACCGCCGGUCUCCACGAGGCAGGAGCAGAAGAGCGCGUUGCCGUCACCGCCGCCCCCGUCGCCGCCUCCGCCGCAAGGCCUGCAGAGGACGGCCUCGGAGGCGACCUGCAACCCAGCAGAAUGAGAGUGGGGGAGCGUAGAGGUGGCAGUGCUCCACCACCGGCGCCGGAGGCGUUGGCUGGUGGCUGUGCUGGUGCAGGCAGGCGGGCAGGCGGCGGGGGCGGUAGCGGAGGCGCUGGGGGUGACGGGGAUGCGUCAGCAGCGGCCGAGCAUGCAGCAGCAGCAGCAGUGGCUGCAGCGGGGGCGGCUGCGACGCACGUGGGCGCCGAAGUACCGACGGCGCUGGGUGGAGCAGCGCCGGCGGCGUUGGCAGCAGCAGCAGCAGCGCCCGCAGCCACAGAGGGCAUCUUCCUUGACGGCGCCUCUCAGCUGGAGUUGGAGCCGGGUCCCACACUGCUCACCAGGUCCAGCGGCCGCUCCAGCGCACAGCAGCAAACCGGGCUGAAGAAGCAAGGCCAGCAGGGAGGGCCGCCGGGGGAUGCAGGCAGAUCGGGAGAUGCGCUACCGCCGCCUCUGGAUCCCGUGCGCGUGGGUGCGGUUUCGGAGCGACCCGAGUCGCAGGGCCUGCAGCUGGCUCCGCCAGCGAGGAGGCACGUCCUGCUGCAGACGCCGGGUGUGUUGGCGCUGGCCAGGACGGUUCCGCAGCAGGCUGCAAGCGGCCAGGUCGCCUUGGGGCCGGAGGCGGAGGCGGCGGGGCAAGCGGGGGUAGUGGCAAUGGAUGGGGUGGAGGAGUUGGUUGUGGAGGCGACACAGCUUCAGGACCAGCGGCUUCAAAAGCGCCGGCGGGGCUCCGAAACUGCACCAUCCACGGCAACUACACCUGCAGGCGCGCCUGCGCCUGUCAGACACCAACAACAACCGCAACAGCCACUCCAACUUGCACAGCGUUUGGGCGACCCAGCCCCAGCGGCAGGUGCUGCCUGGCGACCUGCAAGCGCCGCUGCGGCCAGCGCUGCUACACCCUCGGCCCAGCUUCCAGGCCGCAAUCCAUACGGCGCUGAGGGCCGUGCAGACCCACGGGUCAGUAACGCAGCAGCACAGGCAGUCGGCGCUGGAGGCAUCACGGCAGGACCUGCUGCGGUAAUCAAGGGGCUCGAGGAGGUGCAUGGGGUGUCUCAUUUCACCGGCAUGAGCAUGCACGAGCUGCUUCGGUGCUCCCAGCUGUUGUUGGAGAUGCAGGGCAGGGUAAACGCGGAGAUGCAGCGGCUGCAGCAGGUAACUUUGCAUGGGGAGCAGCAGCAGCCACAAAACCCCCCGGCAACAGCAGUGCCACCAACGGUGUAAUGGCGUAUACUUUGGUGGGCCUGAAGGUGGAGCUUGGAGGGCCAGUGCAGCGCUGUUUGUCCACAGAGAGGUGUUUCGCUGCUUGUUGCACUCGGUUUCAUUGGUAGGGGCAGGAGCGGGUGGAGUUUGUGAGGUGGGCGGGGUUCACGAACUGCCAGCAGAUGGGCCUGCAGGACGGUCCGGUGAAGAUUGGCAAGAUGAAGGCAUCCGCAUGUUUCUUGCAUAGUUUCUGAUCUGGGUCGUUGGUUGAUGGCAGUCGGCGAUGUGGGUCAGGUUGAAUCCUGUACGGCCUUCGUUAACGGCCAGUUGGGGAUGUGGGUCAGGUGGAGGCGGGCAGAGGCGGGUGCCAAUUUUGGCAGCGGCCUUUGGGGAUAUGGGUCAGGGUUGGUUGGGGCCAUAGCGCAAUACGCAUAUGAGGAUGUGGGUCAGUAUGCAAGUAGGCAACUAGAAUGCGCAAUCUCUGUCAAGAGUGAAAUGCACUCUUCAGGAUUGGGAAUUUGCGUUCUAGGGUUGUGCUUUGUCCUUGGCACCACUAGGGUUGGAGGCAUGGGUGUUGCAGCGUGGCAAACUUGACUCCGAAGCACUGUGCAUUGGACUCAUUGGAUACAACGCAUCAUAUACCGUAUGCUGCUACCCUGUUCGCCAUGAAGUAUUGCCAUACAUUGCAAACAUGUAUGGCACACUGUGACAUGCCUCUUGGGCCCGACACGGGGCCAUAGCCGUGCCCUCCUCGUCAUGUUAAUUACGGUGGUUGUAGCCACCUGAUGUAAACG